GGAGUGAAGGUUGGUAGCAUUCGCUGUCAAUAAUCAAUUUUUUGACAUGUUAUUAAUUCUUCGCGCCAAAGCGUUUUUUUAAUAAAAUUAUUAGAUUAGAAAAGCUGUUAUAAACUAAAAUGAAGUGUGUUAUCCCCGAAAUUUCUUGGCACAACCGCGAACCAGUAUUAUGUAUCGAUGUAAAUCCUAUAAAUGUAGAAAAUCUUUAUAGAAUAGCAACAGGUGGUGCGGAUUAUCAUGUUGUGGUUUGGACGGGGAAGGUUAAUUCGGUAGGGUCCGUUCACGUUCAGGUGGAAUGUGAUAUAACUCGUCACCAAAAAUCUGUUAACUCCGUUCGAUGGGCACCUGAUGGAUCUAUGUUAGCAAGUGCUGAUGAUGAUGGCAUUAUUUUUGUUUGGGUACCAAAAAUAGAUCCGGAUGAACCUAAAAAAGUUUCUUAUUUAGCUCUGAAGACGUUAAGAGGCCACAAAGAAGAUGUUUAUGAUAUUUGUUGGUCACCGAAAAGCGAUAAAAUCGUCAGUGGGUCUAUUGAUAACACUGCAAUACUUUGGGAUGUCUCAAAAGGAAAAUGGGACCACAUUUUCGUUGAUCACAAAGGAUUUGUGCAGGGUGUUUGCUUUGAUCCGAAAGGUCAAUAUUUUGCUACAUUGAGUAGUGAUCGUUAUUGCCGUAUAAUCGAUGUGUCAACAAAGCAGGUUAAAUCAAAAAUAAUUAAAGGAUUACUUCCGGUGCCAGAAACAAAUCCUUUAUACAAUAAAGAAGUUAAAUAUUUUCACGAUGACACAUUUAAGAGCUUUUUUCGACGAUUUGGUUUUAGUCCUGAUGGAAAUUUAUUUAUUACACCGUCUGGGUUUGUUGAAGCUGAAGAAAAUAGGUUAAACUUUAAAUGCGCUUAUUUAUUUACAUUACAUAGUCCAGAACCAGUAGGGGUAUUUCGAUUUGAGAAUUCCUCUACGUUAGCUGCUAAAUUUUGUCCUAUUCUCUAUGAAUUAACUGAUAUAGGUCCAAAGCCGGCUGUAAACCUUCCAUAUCGCAUGAUUUUUGCAGUUGCCACCGAAACAGAUUUGUUUUUAUUCGAUACACAGCAACGAUUUCCAUUCGCGCGAUUAAAAAACGUUCAUUACACUCGAAUUACCGAUUUGAGUUGGUCUUCUGAUGGACUCCUCUUGGUUGCGUCAUCAUCUGAUGGUUUUUGUACGUUACUUUCGUUUAUGGAAGGAGAACUCGGCGAUGUUUAUCAAAAAGAAGAGGAAGUUAUUGAAGAAGAAAAAGAAAAUGAGGUUUUAAAUGUAACCGCACUUGACGAAUUAGAACCAAUGGAAGUAGAUGAAGUAAAAAAAGCUGAAAGCGAAGAAAAAAAAUCGACGUUUUUAGUGCAGUGGGCUAAUAAAGCCACUAAUACUAAUAAAUCGGAAGAAAAGAUUAAUGUUUUAACCGUUCGGAGGGCGCCGAGGGUAGAAAAUGAAUCAAAAAAGAAUGAGGUGAUUGAAAUAACAGAUUCACCGGUGAAAAACGCAACUAAUUCCACUACUUUUGAAGUUAUUACACCAAAAAGGGUUAAAACAACUUUAAAUAUCGUUGAAGAUAUAAAAAAGACCGAAAAUUCAAAUAAAAUAAAUAAAAAAGCUAAAAAAGAUCAAGUAAAAUCUAGUCCUUUACUAAAAUAUUUUAAAUCUCCCGGCGAAACGCCAAAAACGAAACCGAUUUUGGAAGAUACUGAAGCUAGAGAUGCCUGGAAAUGUGACGGUGAUAAAAAUACUUUGAAAAAUGUGCUAGAAUCAAAAAAAGAAUCCGUCCAUGAAGAAAUUAGCGAAUUUACUGUUCCCGAUUUAGAUUUAAAGUUAGAAACGUCUAUUUCACAUUUAACGAGUUUAAAUCAAAAAAUAAAUGCGGAAAUAGAAGAGAAUAAUGAAAUAGAAGACGAAAAUAACGAAAUAGGAGAAUUUAAUGAAGUUGAAGAUGUGAAAAUGAGUAAAGUGGAUAAAGAAAUUAAAGAAAUAAGAGAAGAAGUUGCUAAAACAGAUAAAGAGAUUGAAGAAUUAAAAGCGGACAUAGCACAAAUAGACAAAGAAAUAUCUAAUGCUAGAACACCUCGAAGAAUUGCGUUGAUCACGAUAUCCAGUCCGAAAACUUCAAGACAUAUAAAUAAAAAAGUAAUAAUUAAAAAGGACGGGAAUGAUGAAUAAAAAUUAUAAGACAUAAAUUUUUCCACUUAAUCGAUUAGAAUUAUUAUAAAAUUAUUGUUUAUUUUCAAUAAAAAAAAAUUAAAUUGA